AUGGCCCAGCCCCACCCCCCCCCCCCCCCCCCCCCCCCCCCACAGAAUGGCAUCCCCGCCGAGUACGCCCCGCCCCCACCGCACCCCACGCAGGACUACUCGGGCCAGACCCCGGUCCCCCCGGAACAUGGCAUGACCCUGUACACACCAGCACAGACCCACCCCGAGCAGCCGGGCACGGAGGCCAGCACACAGCCCAUUGCUGGGGCCCAGACAGUGCCGCAGACAGACGAGGCGGCACAGACGGACAGCCAGCCGCUCCACCCCUCCGACCCCACAGAGAAGCAGCAGCCCAAGCGGCUACACGUCUCCAACAUCCCCUUCCGGUUCAGGGACCCCGACCUACGGCAAAUGUUCGGGCAAUUCGGAAAAAUUUUAGACGUGGAGAUCAUUUUUAACGAGCGGGGCUCCAAGGGUUUUGGGUUUGUAACUUUUGAAACUAGCUCAGAUGCUGACCGAGCCCGGGAGAAGCUGAAUGGGACGAUCGUAGAGGGACGGAAAAUUGAGGUCAAUAACGCCACGGCCCGAGUCAUGACCAAUAAGAAGACUGCCAACCCCUACACCAACGGCUGGAAGCUAAACCCCGUGGUAGGCGCAGUCUACGGGCCUGAGUUCUAUGCAGUGACCGGGUUCCCCUACCCCACCACGGGCACAGCCGUUGCCUACAGGGGCGCGCACCUACGGGGCCGGGGCCGGGCCGUGUAUAAUACGUUUCGGGCUGCGCCGCCCCCGCCCCCGAUCCCAACUUAUGGCGCGGUCGUGUAUCAGGACGGCUUUUAUGGUGCUGAGAUUUAUGGAGGCUAUGCGGCCUACAGAUAUGCUCAGCCAGCAGCGGCGGCAGCAGCGGCAGCCUACAGUGACAGUUACGGCAGAGUCUACGCGGCUGCUGACCCCUAUCACCACACCAUUGGCCCUGCGGCGACCUACAGCAUUGGGACCAUGGCUAGCCUCUGCCGAGGAGGGUACAGCCGCUUCACCCCCUACUAG